UUUCUUUAUUAUUUUUAUUAUUACUACUAUUAUCAUUAUUUGGGUUCUUCCUUCCGUCCCCGGCGGGAAGAGUUCGGGGAUGCCUGCUGGCAUGUUCAGCAUCGACAAUAUCCUCGCCGCCCGGCCUCGCUGUAAGGACUCUGUGCUGCCUCUGGCCCCUAGCGCCGGGGCCCCGGUGGUCUUCCCGGCCUUGCACGGAGACUCUCUCUACGCCAGCGCUUCAGACUACGGCAGCUUUUAUCCGCGUGCAGUAGCCCCCAGCGGAGCCGGCCUCCAGACUGCAGUCGGUAGCUCGCGUUUGGGUUACAACAGUUACUACUAUGGGCAGCUGCAAGUGCAAGCGACGCCCGUCGGCCCAUCCUGUUGUGGGGCGAUGCAACCUCUGGGGGCCCAGCAGUGCUCCUGCGUUCCAUCCUCAGGUUACGAUGGCUCCGGCUCAGUCCUGAUGUCUCCGGUCCCCCACCAGAUGUUGCCCUAUAUGAACGUGGGCACCUUAUCGAGGACAGAGCUGCAACUGCUCAACCAGCUCCAUUGCCGGCGGAAGCGGCGACAUCGAACAAUCUUCACGGAUGAACAGCUGGAAGCACUGGAGAACCUCUUCCAGGAAACCAAGUACCCCGACGUGGGCACCAGGGAACAGCUGGCUCGGAGGGUGCACUUGAGGGAGGAGAAAGUAGAGGUAUGGUUUAAGAAUCGAAGAGCAAAAUGGAGGCGGCAGAAAAGGUCGUCCUCAGAGGAGUCAGAAAACGCAAGGAAAUGGAGUAAGGCUUCGAAGCCAUCCCCAGAGAAAAGGGAAGAGGAAGGUAAAAGCGAUUUGGACUCUGAUAGCUGAUAGCCCCGGAAUGGAACUUUGGGACUUGCAUACCUUUAGAGACUUGCACAUACAAUGCUACUAUCUUGCACACUUGCUGCCUUUGUGGGGGAGAAGGAAGGGAAAUGAGGAAAACUGUAAACUGGUGUACAUAUUUCCUGAUGUUUCUUGUAUAGAACUGACUGCAGAGAGGCUCCGCCAGUCUAACAACCCCUUCCCUUCCCCUAUCCCAUUCUGUAGUAUUUAUAGUUAAGUUAAAGGUGAUGAUACAAUAAAUGGAUGGUGGCGAAAUAUAAUGCACCAAUAUCCAAUAUGUUUAUACAUCCUCUACCACCUCCUUCACAGACAGCAGCAAAAAGAAAAUUCAAUGCUUGAUUUAAAAUUCUUUUUAGUUUGAGGUUAUUGUUGGGAGGGAGUUGGUUUUUGAAUAGAGUUGCAAAAAGUUCAGUCAAGAAGGGAAUCAUGUAUUCCCAUUGGACUUUUGGAAACAUUCAUUUUUGGUCUGAUGAAUUAAUGGAAUGAUUUUAGACAAAUCAUUCUCCUUCCCAGCCCCCCAUUCCAAGCUUCAAUUUCUUCAUCAGAAAAACAAGGGGGUUAGGUCCACUUAUUUUAAAAGUUUCUUGAUCCAAUAGUUCUAUAGUUCAUGAUUCUGAGAGUUUACAUUUAAGGCAGAAAGAAGGAAUGCUGCUGGGAAGUCUCAGAAGGUCUGGACAAUGAAAUAGGGGAGACUGACUGAAGGUUGCUCCAGAAGUAUUAUUUCUCAAAAUACAAUAUACUCCAAGUUUUCACCCUCUUUUGAUUUAGUGUGGUUUAAUGAAAAAGAGACUGAAUCCAGUUUCAAGACACUGAACCUCUUUGGGCCUCAGUUUCCUCAUGGUAAAAUGAGGAGGGGGGGAUGAUUACUCUUAAGCACUUCCUGGAUACUUCCAAGAAACCAGGGCUGAAGAAAGGAGAAUCCUCACUCUCAUGCAAGAUCCCUUGUCUUGAUUAACUAGGCAGUCAGUGGCAAAGGCUGGGAACUGAAUGUCCAGGCAUCAAGAUAAAGCUACAAAUGAAGUAAGGACUGCUAGCCCCUAAUCAGUAGCUUUCUGGAGCUCUGGAUCCAUAUUGGCCAGAACGAAUACUGGUGAAGAAAAUCUCACACUCUUGCUUCUAUAUUCUCCUGCUACUUUCAAUAACUCGACCCCACUGAAAUCCUGCAACAGAGGCUAUUUCAGAGCCACUGACCUUGGUUAGUGUAAUCCCACUUCCCAAUCCUCAGUGCCCCUAUUCUCUUAUAGCCUUCAGAGCUGUAUCUCCAACAGGAAGUGUUCUGAACAGAUGGAGCCCUCUCUAUUUCCAUUCCAAAGUCUCUCAGACCCUCUCCCGUUUAAAAUUCUCUUUUCUGGAUCUGAGUAAACCCUUAACUGUUGCAGGGGUGCCAAAUUCUAUUGCUGAAUCACUAGACUAUAGAGUGUAGAAAAUGAGAAACCUGAAGCCAGAUAUGUGCUCAGGACUGUAUAAACUCUGGGGAUUUUGUUAUGGGUUUAAAACCUUCUUCCUUGCUUCUCUACACCCCUCCAACUUUGCAGUUUACUUUCCAAAAUACAAUUCUUAUUCUGUGCCAUCUUAUUUAAUGCCACCCUUCCCUCCACAACACACACACACACACACACACACACACACAAUAUUGUUGUCUAUUGUCAUUUAUUGCCUAUACCUCUUGCCUAUACUUACAUCUCCUUCUCCUAUAGAGUGAAGGUGUGGAAGGAAGAUAAAUUGAGGUCUGUUUCAAGAGGCUGCUUGAUUUUAUUGCUGUUCCCCUUGGAAAUGUCUUGAAGCUUUUUAGUUAAAUUGCAUCUCUUGACUUAAAGAGCUCAGAUGAGAAAGACCUUCUUCCAAUUUUGCUAGUUUCCAUAAAAUUCUUCACCCUCAGGCAGAUUUCCAGAGCAGCCCCUCUUUAAUUUCUUUCUCUUUUUUCCCCCUUUGGGACCUUUAGAAAGACCUGGAACUGGUGAGUCGUGGCUUUAAAUAGAAUUCCUCUUACAGUGAGGAUGUUUAUGCACUUUUAAAAUAAAAUGCAAUGAUACGCUAAAAAAAA